AUGAUGGACAGCCGCAUCCUGGAGCACCCGCACGCCCAGUUCGGGGGCUCGCUGGGCGGCAUGGUGGGCUUCCCCUACCCCCUGGGCCACCACCACGUCUACGAGCUGGCCGGCCACCAGCUGCAGAGCGCCGCCGCCGCCGCCGCCGCCGCCGCCGCCGCCGCCGCCUCCGUGCCCUUCUCCAUAGACGGAUUACUGAACGGCUCCUGCGCCGCCUCUGUAGUCAACGCCUCCCCGCUGCUGCCGUCCGGCUGCGCGGUCAGCGGGGACAGCCAGGCCUUCAAGCUGUCAGACUCCGGGGACCCCGACAAGGAGAGCCCCGGCUGCAAACGGAGGCGGACUCGGACCAACUUCACGGGCUGGCAGCUGGAGGAGCUGGAGAAGGCCUUCAACGAAAGUCACUACCCGGACGUCUUCAUGCGCGAAGCGCUGGCGCUGCGCCUCGACCUGGUGGAAUCCCGAGUGCAGGUCUGGUUCCAAAACCGCCGGGCCAAGUGGAGGAAGAAGGAGAACACGAAGAAGGGGCCGGGGCGGCCGGCGCACAAUUCGCACCCCACCACGUGCAGCGGGGAGCCCAUGGACCCCGAGGAGAUCGCCCGCAAGGAGCUGGAGAAGAUGGAGAAGAAGAAGCGCAAGCACGAGAAGAAACUGCUCAAGAGCCAGAGCCGCCACCUCCACUCCCCCAGCAGCCUGUCGCUGCACAGCACGCCCAGCUCGGACAGCGACAGCGGCGGCGGCGGGCUGUCCCCGGAGCCGCCCGAGCCCCCGGGACCCCCGGGCCCGCCGGCCAAGGGUCCCCGGCCGGCCGCGGCCGCCGGCAGCGAGCCCCCCGCCGCCCCCGGCGUCUGCGACCCCGCCUUUUACCCGAGCCAAAGAAGCAGCUCCGGCCUGCAGCAGCGCCUGAGCCGGCUCCCGGAGAAGGACUGCUCCUCCUCCUCCUCCUCCUCCAGCUCCUCUUCCUGCUCCUCCUCUUCGUCGUCGUCUUCCCCGCCCUCGUCGGACUGCGCCCCGGGCCGGGUCCCUCCGGGCGCCGCCAAGCCCAGCCCGUUCAGCGUGGAGAGCCUCCUGUCCGCCUCGCCCCCGCGUCGGAAAGCGCCCGCCGCGCUGGACUUUGCGCCGGGGCUGCCGUGCGCCCCGCGGACCCUGAUCGGGAAAGGUCACUUUCUCCUCUACCCCAUCACGCAGCCCUUGGGCUUCCUCGUUCCCCAGGCCGCCCUCAAGGCCGGGACCGGCCCGGAGCCGGUUGCCAAGGACGCCACCCCCGGUCCCACCGGCUGCGACCCGGACGGCGGCGGGGACUCGGUGGGCACGAGUCCGGCCCCCCCAGGACCCCGGGACCCGGCGGGGGCAUCAGAGGGGGCACCGGCGGCAGGCGCCUUCCCCCGACCCCCAUCCCCCGCCCCGGCCCCCCGCUCCCCCAGCCCCUGCGGAGACCCGGCGGACCGUCCGAGCGCGGCCCAGCCCGGCGGCCCGGACUGCGAGGAGCUCGAUAUGGACUGA